AUGGCAGCCCGCGCAGCGUACCCAGGAAUCUUCUUCUGCUUUGCAGCAAUGGUUCUCCUUAUCUUCGUAUCAGUAUCUGUUCCUACAUGGAACAAAGUAUACUUCCUCAGAGUCGGACCUCUGGUGAACCAGCUGAGAUAUGGAGUCUUUGGUUUCACAGGGAGCUCAACGAACAUUGGCUACAACUUUACAAAUGAUCGCCUGAACUCUACAAUCCUACACAAUCUCACCAAGACUCUUAUCCUCCAUCCAAUCGCUGCGGGUCUCUCAGGAAUCGCAUUCUUCUUCGGCCUCUGCGGCGCCGCCAACUUCCAUCGCUCCGGCGCGAUCAUGAUGACGCUGUUCUCAUGCCUCGCUCUGCUCACCACCUUUGUCGCCUGGGUCAUUGACAUGAUCCUCUUCGGUAUUGCGCGCCAGCGAUACCGCGAUGCAGGAGAGGAGUCGCAGUACGGAAACGCGAACUGGCUGACGCUAGGCGCGCUCGUUGCUCUGCUGCUCGGAUUCUGUACCGCUGCCUGCGGUAGCUUUGGACGGUACAGAAGCCGGAGGGACCCCGUCGUGUACUAG